UGGGCUCGGGCCACCGCCUCCGCCCGGCCGCCCGCCCGGACUGUCGCGGCCAGUCGUGGCGACGGCGGCGGCAGCAACAGCAAAGUUUCCCCGGUGGCGGCCCGGGGGCGCAUCCUCCCGCAACUGUCAAGCGCUGGCGGCGGAAAUGAUGAGGCGCUGGCCAUUUUCCGAGCCCGGGUUUCCUGCCUGAGCUCCGCUCGAGCGAGCCGCGAGCCAGGAGCCGGCGCGCGGGAGAGAACGCGCCCGCGGCGGGGGCCCGCCCGCCCCCUCGGGAUCUCGGGGGGCCGGGGGCGCGCGACGCCAUGGGCCGGCCGGGCCCGGACCCUCUCUCUCUCAGCGUGGCCGCCCCCCCUCGGUCUCCGCCAUGAACGGGCCCACCCUGCAGCCCUGCUCGGCCUCCUCCGCAUCGUCCCCUUCCUCGUCGGCCGCGGCAGCGUCGUCGUCGUCCCCGCGGGGCUGGAGCGAGUUCUGCGAGCGGCACGCGGUGGCCACGGCCCGGGAGCUGGCCCGGCAGUACUGGCUCUUCGCCCGGGAGCACCCGCACCACGCGCCGCUGCGCGCUGAGCUCGUGUCGCUGCAGUUCACCGACCUCUUCCAGCGCUACUUCUGCCGCGAGGUGCGCGACGGCCGCGCGCCCGGGCCGCCGGGGUCCAGGGCCGCGCCGCCCGCGCGCGACUACCGGGACACGAGCCGCGGGCCCCCCGCCAAGGCCGAGGCGCCCCUGGCCGAGCCGGGCCCGGGUCCUGCGGCCCCCGCGCUGCCCAAGGCCCGCAGCUCCGAGGAGCUGGCCCCGCCGCCACCGUCCGCCGCCUGCACCUUCCAGCACCUGCGCCACAGCCUCCGCCACAUCCUGCGCCGCGGCUCGGCCGGGGAGCUGCCCGCCACCGGGGCCGCGGGGGAGGCGGGCGAGGGUCCGGCCCGGUCCGGCCUGGCCAGGAAGCUCCUGCCCUGGGGCCUGGCCCGCGAGCCGCCGCCCGAGGCCCUCAAGGAGGCAGCGCUGCGCUACAGCCUGGCAGACGAGGCGUCCAUGGACAGCGGGGCGCGCUGGCAGCGGGGGCGGCUGGCGCUGCGGCGCGCCCGGGGCCCCGACGGCGGGGCGGACCGCGUGCUCGAGCUCUUCGACCCGCCCAAGAGUUCAAAGCCCAAGCUACAGGCAACCUGCUCUAAUAUCCAGGAGGUCCGGCGAUGCACACGUCUCGAGAUGCCUGACAACCUCUACACCUUUGUCCUGAAGGUGAAGGACCGGACGGACAUCAUCUUUGAGGUGGGGGAUGAGCAGCAGCUGAACUCCUGGAUGGCUGAGCUCUGGGAGUGCACAGGCCACGGCAGGCUGGAGAGCACAGACCCAGAGACGCAUAUUCCCUCGGCCCUAGAGCCUGGCACGUCCAACUCUCCGGGGGGAAGCACAGAUUCCCUGAACCAAGGUGCUUCUCCUGGGGGGUUGCUGGACCCAACCUGUCAGAAAACAGAUCAUUUCCUGUCCUGCUACCCCUGGUUCCAUGGCCCUAUCUCCCGAGUGAAGGCAGCUCAGCUGGUUCAGCUCCAGGGUCCUGACGCUCAUGGAGUGUUCCUGGUGCGGCAGAGUGAGACACGGCGUGGGGAGUAUGUGCUCACAUUCAACUUCCAAGGCAUAGCCAAGCACCUGCGCCUGUCGCUGACCGAGCGGGGCCAGUGCCGAGUGCAGCACCUCCACUUCCCCUCCGUCGUGGACAUGCUACACCACUUCCAGCGUUCGCCCAUCCCACUUGAGUGCGGUGCUGCCUGUGACGUCCGCCUGUCCAGCUACGUGGUAGUCGUCUCCCAGCCACCAGGUUCCUCCAACACUGUCCUGUUCCCUUUCUCCCUCACUCACUGGGAUUCGGAGCUGGGCCUUCCCCACCUUAAUUCUUCUGGCUGUCCACGGGGGCUGGGCCCAGACGGUCUCCCGGGCCGAUCCUCUCCCCCAGAGCAGAUAUUCCACCUGGUGCCUUCGCCCGAGGAACUGGCCAACAGCCUGCGGCACCUGGAGCCUGAACCCACCAGUCGAGCCCGGGACUCAGACUACGAAAUGGACUCCUCCUCCCGGAGCCAUCUACGGGCCAUAGACAAUCAGUACACACCUCUCUGACAGGCGGUGAGGAACCCUGGGCCUCACACGUGCCCUCGAGGAGCACAAGCAAGCAGAGAUGUGAACUUGUGAAUGUAACCUUCUUUCCUUCCUUCCAGAGAGAGAUGUAAGGGACACUGUUAACUGCUCAUUCCAUUUUGGAUGUGACCCUUCUAUUAGGCCUGUUGAAGGGCCUCCUGUAAGUUUUAUCCAUCCAUCACUUGGCUUUCUCCGUAUUGUUUACAGAUGUAGUUCUUGUUCGCAGAUGCCGCUAGCUCCUACCCUCAGUCCCCCUCCCUCUGACGGGGGGUAGUGGGGUGAGGGCCAGAGCAGGUGGCCAAAACUUGGUUCUCUUUCUCACUGACACUGUCACUGCUGAUGACAGACU